AUGAGGCAAGGCGGAUCUGGCGACGAGGUGAACGUUGUAGUCAAGUUCACUGCACAUUAUCAUGAAGAUGCACAUCGGAUGCUUGCCGAAGAACGGUUGGCACCAACGUUGCACUUCUGUAUUCACCUCUUUGGCGACAUGUACAUGGUCAUUAUGGACUACGUCGAAGGCACCUCACUCUACUUUACACAGGAGGAGCUUCGGGAUCGUGAGAAGAUAUACAACGACGUGGAGAGGGCAGUCAAACUGCUACACGAGCAAGACCUUGUAUUUGGCGACCUCCGAGUCCAAAAUAUCGUUUCUAGACCGGAUGGAGGUGCUAUGCUGAUCGAUUUUGAUUGGGUUGGCAAACACAAGGAGAGUAGAUAUCCAGCAUCUUGGAACACUAAUAUAGUAUGGGCUCCAGGUGUAGAGCGGCGGGCACUAAUGGACAAAGCACAUGACUCUUUUAUGCUGGAGAGGUUGAAGGCAUUCUUAAAAAUUUAG